GGCUUUGCUGCAGCACGUCUCCUUCUCGAGGUCUCUCCUUGAGGACUGAGAGAGAAUUCACUUUUACGUACGUGAGCGCAAGGAGGACCCUCUUUGGAGUUUUCUCCUUUUCUUUUCUUGAUUUUGCUAGAAAACUGACGUCCCUGUAUAGAAGCCAGUCGAUUGCCCUAGUGUCAUCACCCUGCCUCCUCAGGUCACCACCCUCUCCAGCCUGCCUUGGGCUUGGGGAGUGAGGAGGAGGGCGAGGGACAUCUGCUGACCCUGAACAUCCGCCAUCCAUCCUACUAUCACCUAGAGCAAGUUCUGGCUGCAGAGGGAAAGGUUUGCCCCAUAGUUAAGGUGCUAAGUUAACCUGCACAGAUCCAGGUUUUGCUCUGUGUGAAGUCAGCUCUUGGAAUCCUGUGAUUACGUGACAAUCUCAGCUCUCACUUUAACAAAAGUAAGUUUCUUGCUCUCAGGGCUGAGUAGAAAAGGUUGAGUACGUGACCAGAGUGAAUCCUGCCUGCUCACAAACAAACAGUCCAGAAUAUAAUUUUUUAGAAGAAAAAUCCUCAUGUUUUCUUCAGCAGCCUCUUGAUUUUUGCUUAUAUGGUGCUGGCAAUAUUGCCUUGGCAGUGAACAGUUUGUUUUCAGGCCUGGCUUCUCCAGCAAAGGCUCUAAGGACCUAAAUGUAAAAAUGAGCAUUCUGAGUGAUUCCUUUACUUCACUCCCAAUCCAGGGGGGCUGUGCUCAUUUGCUGCUUGGGCCCACAGCCCGGCUCUAUGCACAUUCCGACACCUCGCCCUCUCUGUUUCCCUAUCUGUUAACUCUGCUGUUUUAGAUAAUUGAUGGCAUGAAAUUAGGGGGCUUUCCAUGGGGGAUGGGGAUUUAAGGCCUGAGUUCUCAGUGGCACAGCAUUGCCAACCCCAAACUUUGGAAAAUCAUGAGUCAGGACCCCCAGAAUGAUGUGAUGCCUUUUGUGACACUAAAAAAUAAAAAUACUAAUAAAUGUUGAGUUCUUUCUAUUUGCCUUCUGACUUCUCACACUUUAGGCUGACUCAGGUCAUAUUUUAAGUUUUUCUCUGCAACCAAGAAAACUAGAAACUUCCUUUGUUUAGGUCCCUAACUUCUGUUUGUUAGAAGCUGGGAAUGAGCAACAAGGGAUGGAUCACUCGAUGAUUCCCUGUUCUGUUCAUUCCCCCUGGGGCACCUGGCAUUGGCCACGGUCGGAAGACAGGACACUGGGCUAGAAGGACCAUUGGUCUGACCCAGUCUGGCCAUUCUUAUGUUCAUGAGAUUCAUUAUAAAAUCAUCAAUGUUGGCAACACUUUUGACACUGUGUCUCCUUUACACUGAGGCAGAGCUGCCUUAGCGUAUGUCACAAUCAGGCCUUUGAUACAUUGAUUCCAAUUUAACCACGUUUUUGGCCUGUGAAUUGAAUAUCCCUAGACUCAGAAGGAUUAGAUUUUAUCGGUAGAUGUCAGCAAAUGUUGAUUUCACUUUGUGCACACAAACCAAUGAAAAAAUAUUUCCAUUGAUAAGAACUGAGAUUUACAAAUAGCUACAGUAAGAAAAAUGCUGCUUGAGAACUUACUAGAGUUUAAUUUAAGGAGAUUUACUUUGCAUGUUUUGACAUGAGAUGUUGACAGUUUGUGUUUUAACAGUUACACCUUUUAACUUUUUGAAUCUCUGUGUCUACUGUCAUAAAAUAAUUGUCUGAAUAAAAUAUUGUCUGAACCCCACCCCCAAUUUCCCACAACUGUGAACAAUAAUAUUGAUAAAAACGGAAACUGUGAAAGUUUAAAUAGAUAAAUAUAUAAACAUUCUUACAAAUUAAUAUUAAUCUUAUCUGUCAAAAUUACGUAUUAAAUCAAAUGAAUUCUGCCAAGCCUAAAUAUCACUCCUUGGACAGGCAGUUCUGUCAGCUCAGCAGGACAAGGGGAAGCUGAUGUCCAUGUGAAGCCCCAGUGACUCCCCCCCACACACCAGCAGAGGGGGCUGAUUGCAGGAUCAGAGCCUUGUUGGGACAUUUCUCACCAAAGCCCCCAGGGCUGGAAUGUUACUGGUGAUCUGACUCCAGCUCAGCAAACAGCCUAACACCCAAUUGCUGCUGCUGCAGGCGGGGCGCAUUUCUGAGCUCGGGAAAGUGAGACUAACCCUGUGAGACUGUCCAGAGGGAGCCAUGGCCACAGACAACCCCGUGGAAAGUCUCCAGGAGGAAGCUACGUGCCCCAUCUGUCUGGAGUAUUUUAAGGACCCGGUGAUUAUAGACUGUGGGCACCAUUUCUGCCGAGCCUGCAUUGCCCAGUGCUGGGAGGGAUCGAAUACAGACGUCUCCUGCCCUCAGUGCAGAGAAACUGUGCAACAGGGAAACCUCAGGCCGAACAGGAAGCUGGCAAAUGUUGUAGAAAUGGUCAAACGGCUGAGUUUACAGGCAGCAAAGGGAGCAGGAGAGGAGAGGGUGUGUGGGGAACACCAGGAGACUCUGAAACUGUUCUGUGAAGAGGAUCAAACUUCUGUCUGUGUGGUUUGCCAUCUGUCCCGGGCUCACAGAGAGCACAGGGUGAUUCCCAUAAAGGAGGCUGCCCAGGAGUACAAGGAGAAACUCCAGGGAGCCCUGGGCCCUCUGACGAAGGAGCUGGAAGAGGCCCUGGCUCUGAUGUCUGCAGAGGAGAAGAAAACCACAGAGUGGCAGGGGAAAGUGAAGAAUAGGAGAGAGAUGAUUGCAGGUGAAUUUAACAAACUGCACACACUGCUGAGAGAGGAGGAGCAGCUGCUUCUGCAGAGCCUGGAGGAGGAGGAAAGGGAGACUCUGCAGAAACUACAGGAAAAUGUCACCAAACUCUCCCAGCAAAGCUCCUCUCUGCAGCAGCUGAUCACAGAGCUAGAGGAGAAAUGUCAGCAACCAGUUGUGGAGCUGCUAAAGGAUGUGAAAAGCACAUUGAGCAGGAGUGAGAAUGUGAAGCUCCAGGAACCAGAAGCUGUUUCUACUGACCUGAAGAACGUGUAUAAAAUUUCCCUUGACAUGGGGGAAGCGCUGAAGAGAUUUGGAGUGGACGUGACUCUGGAUCCAGACACGGCAAGUCCCGGCCUCGUCCUGUCUGAGGAUCGGAAAUGUGUGAGACUCGGAGACAAACGCCAGGAUCUGCCCAACAACCCUGAGAGAUUUGAUACGUACCCUGAAGUUCUGGGCGCUGAGGGGUUUGCGGGCGGGAGGCGUUACUGGGAGGUGGAGGUGGGAGACAAGCCAGGCUGGGAACUGGGGGUUUGUAGGGAAUCUGUGAGCAGGAAAGGGGAGAGCACAUUCUCACCUGGGAAUGGAUUCUGGGUCGUGUGGCUGGAGGAAGGGGAAUACAAGGCCGGCACCUCUCUCAGGACCCCUCUCCCCGUGAGCGUCAGGCCCAGCCGGGUGGGGAUUUUCCUGGACUAUGAGGCAGGCGAGGUCUCGUUUUACAAUGUGACUGACAGGUCCCAUCUCUUCACUUUCACUGACACCUUCUCCGGGAAGCUCCACCCUUAUUUCUGUCCUGGUCUCAACGCUGGGGGUACAAACGCGGCUCCCCUGAUAAUCUGCCCAGUCCCAGCUCAGGCCGGAGGGAAUCUCGGUCCCUGACAGUGACCCCGCGGCACAGACUGGCCCCUCCCAGCCCUGCUGCUCUUCCUGCCCCAGUGGUGGGGGCCAGUUACUGCAGCA